GAGCAGACAAGGCUGUGCUCUCCUCGUCUGGAUUUCAAGCUGAUGUGAAAGCACUUCAGAAAGUUCUCAAGUCAAGGCACUUGGUUUAUCAGCAUCAGCAUAAUAAGCAGAUGAGUUGUCCUGCAAUGGCUCAGCUUCUCUCCAACACGCUUUACUUCAAGCGGUUUUUUCCUUACUAUGCCUUUAACGUUCUCGGUGGGCUUGAUGAGGAAGGAAAAGGCUGUGUCUUUACCUAUGACGCAGUGGGAUCAUAUGAGAAGGUUGGAUACAGUGCUCAAGGUUCUGGUUCUACCCUCAUUAUGCCCUUCCUUGACAAUCAGCUCAAGAGUCCCAGCCCGCUCUUGCUUCCUGCCCAGGAUGCUAUCACACCCCUUUCUGAACCUGAAGCAGUUGACUUGGUUAAGACUGUUUUUGCGUCCGCCACUGAGAGGGAUAUCUACACUGGAGACAAGCUUGAGAUCAUGAUUCUCAAGGCGGAUGGCAUCAGGACCGAAGUCAUGGAAUUGAGGAAAGAUUAAGCGAGUGUUGGCAACACACCUUUCUAUUGUUCUUAUUCGCAUCUCAACACUAGGCUCCCUCUGUUACCUUGAACUGUGUUUGAAGUUUUCUUGUGUUGUUAACAGAUUCUCCUUCUCUUAUUUAUGACAAAACGUUCUUUUGGAAGA